AUGGAAGCUUUGUCGACGAUGUGGGGAAAAAUCAAUCUGCUUGAGAAGGAAGAUGUGAAAGUACAUAUUGGCGAUGAAAGUGCAGAACCAUGGUCAGGCAAGGGCCAAUUCUACUUGGUUGGGAAAUUGUUGGCAGAUCGGGUGGUCCCUAAGGAUCUUUUUAGGGUUCACAUGAAGAGGGCAUGGAAGAUUCUGGGUUCAGUUUCUUUUAAGGUUCUUGGGGAAAAUCUCUUUGUUAUUGAAUUUGAACAUGACUGGGAGAGGAUCCAGGACGACUUCACAGCCCCUUCCGAGAUGGCUUUUGAUAAAGCAUCAUUCUGGAUAAGGAUGUAUAAUCUGCCAUUAGCAUGCAUGAACUCUAUGAUUGGACACCAAGUUGGUUCAACCGUGGGUUUGGUGGAAGAAGUUAAAGCCAACGAAAGGGAGAUGGCAUGGGGGGAGUAUCUUCAGGUUCAGAUUGUUAUUGAUCUCACAAAACCUUUGGAUCAGGGGAGGAAGCUUACUAUAAAAAAUAAGUCAACUUGGAUAGUUUUCAAAUAUGAAAAGCUGCCCAAUUUUUGUUACAAUUAUGGUGUAGUGAGACAUGGCAAGAACGGGUGUGAAGCGAAUGGAGCCUAG